AUUCACAAGGCUUCAAAACUUCAAAUCGAAUAUCACGACUAUUACCCUUGCAGGAAGGGAUUGCAUUCUCAGUGGGGGGAAAUAUGGAUCGAGCGCAGCUUCUACUAGUGGGUUUACCCCUUUUCCUGUUCUGUUCCGACGUUUUGCACCUUUUCACCGCGCCGCCGUCGAAACCCGCUGCUCACCAUCACCACCAUCAUCACCGGCAUCAGUCCGAUCCGCAGCCAUUAAUCAAACAACAGCAGCCAUCUCUUGAGUUUCCUACUCAGAAGGCUAGUGGAAUUGGUUUUGGGAACACUGUUAGCAUAGAUUUCUGUGCUUCAUGUUCUUACAGAGGUACAGCAGUCACAAUGAAAAAUAUGUUGGAGAGUCAAUUUCCUGGGAUCAAUGUUGUUCUUGCCAAUUAUCCUCCUCCCCUACCUAAGCGCAUGCUCAGUAAACUGGUGCCAGUUGUUCAAUUUGGUGUGAUUGCAAUUAUAGCGGGUGGUGAACAAAUUUUUCCAAGGUUAGGGUUUGCUGCACCUCCCCAAUGGUACUAUAGUUUGCGUGCAAACAGAUUUGGGAGUAUGGCCAGUACUUGGCUACUUGGGAACUUUCUCCAAUCUUUCCUGCAGAGUUCGGGUGCUUUUGAAGUGUACUAUAAUGGUGACUUGGUAUUCUCUAAACUAAAGGAGAGUAGGUUCCCUGGAGAGAUAGAGUUGAAAGAACUUAUUGGCCGAAGGAUUUCUAACUCACAAGUGAUUGAUGGCCUUUCUGGAGGGCAUUGGGCUUAGAAAGUUCAGAGUAAAACCACUGUUUUGUGACUUGCAAAAGUCAAGACUGUGUUAUACUGAGUUUCAUUUUCCUUCAGAUCUACGUAUGCAAAACUCUUUACUUCGGUAUUAGUUAUUGGGAACCAUUUUUUUUUUUUUUCUUGACAUGUAAAUUAUUUUCUCAUAAGGCCACUGAUACGUAUAGUUGACCCAUUCCUUUUAUACACACACAUAUAUAUAUAU